UAUUUAUGGCAGUGAAUCGUGAUUUAAUAAACAAUUGAGUUUAUUUAUUGCUACGACUGUCUGAACUGAACUGAAUAUUUAUGCGAGCAGGCAGCGAUUGAUGGCGCCAACGAUCGGAUUCCACGCUGCCGAUCAUAUUAUAAUAUGCGACCUGGCUAGACUCGACUGGACUCCAGUUAGGGUACUUAUUAUUUGAGUCAUUUGGGAUUUAGUCCAAAGUUCAGUGGACUGUCUAUGCGCGUUGCACAUGCAACUGUCCAGCGCUUUAUGUCAACAAUUAUAAUCAAUAAAGUGAGAGUCCUGCGGGUCCUGCCAGUCCUGCUACGACAUUAGCUGUUAUUAGUUGCCUUUGCGAGUGCAAGUGGAAAAGUUCAGCAUGAAAUUGGCACGGAAAAUAGUUUUGUGGAUUUUGCCGCUGUUCCUGUUGUGUUUCCUGCUGACCAUUAGCGAGGCCUAUUUGAAUAAUGUGCGUGUGGAAGAGAUACCCUUUAAGCGAAUGCAGCCGCGUGCGGCCAGCCUAAAGGGACGACGUCCUGGUGGCAUUCAUCUGAUCUCCAGUCUGGAGCACCAGCGCACUUUUCUUCAUCUGUUUCAUGUGCCCUGUGAGUAUAGCAAAUGUCAUAAUUCACACUUAUUCUUCUUCUUCUUCUGUAUGCCUAUUCUUUACUCUUCAGAUAUCAUUUGUUUCUAUGCCGCCAAGGGCAAGUGGCCCUAUGUGCCGGGCUUUAUGAAGACACGCGUCGAUAGCGCUGCCAAGAGUUUCUUUCAUCAGAAUGACAGUUUCAUAAAGCAGUUCUGCACCAAGUGGAUACAGGUCAAGGAAUGCUUCAGACCCAUCUUUGAUAAAUCAAAUGAAACGGAGUUGGAAAUUUUGGAGGCGCAAAAGCAGAAACAAAGCUGCAACUGCGAAAAGUUGGUAUCCACGGAGUCGCCAGUGCCUGUUGUAUACUUUGAUAAGAACUACAUUGGCAAUGUCAGUUCGGAGACCAUUUUGACCACCAUCGAGUUUCUUGAGAGUUUCUUGCCGCCGCCUACUAAAAAGCACAAGCGCAAGAAUCGCGUACGUGGGCGCUUAGAUGAAAUUGAUAUUGAUUGAACAUACAAAAAAGCAUUUUACAAUAACUUAACAAUAUCGCUUUAUCGUUUAAAU